CACGUGACCAAGGACUAACGUCGCAAGGUCACAUGACCUGGCAGUGCUGUUUUGUCGCUAAGUACACCUGCCCUAAUUUGAGACGGAGCGACGAGCCUGUUUGUUGUGUUUUGGAAAAAGCCUUUAGAAAACACAGUCAUCUUGUACCGUUUUCUUCUUCUCUUCGGGAUUUUUAUAAAGAUCAAUUAGAUUCCGGGCUGUUACCACCGAGCUGACUGACGCACAUCAGACCUGUCAAUAAUAGUUCAACGAGGAAGUGCGCUUGAGACAUCGCGCGGGCCGUGUCUACCUUAGGCUUCAUGUAGUAUAUUGAUGUUUCUUUAGUCUCUCGUCCACGUAAUCUAUUUAUUAUUUUAGUCCCAGUGCGAUGUUCAGAGUGAAGUUAGGUUUAUGGUAAAGUAAUUCGAGUUUGAUCGCACUAGACUCUCACAGGUGUUGACACUGUAUCAGGAUGAAUGAGUCUGUGACUGCUAAGGCAAAUUUCAGCACUUUGUCAAUGGAUUCGGAUAAAAACAUGAAUAAUUCAGUUCCUUUGUCAUCAUACUCCGUGCUGUCAAAUAUAACCGGCAUGUCAAACAUAACCGUGAUCAGAUCAAGUAAUGGGACUGAAAUAGUGGGGGACGACCAGCUCUUCCUCAACACCCGCACGGCCCAAGCCUUGUCAGGGAUUUUCGUUUGGUCUGCACUCUUCAUCACCUGUCAUCAGAUAUACCUGCACUUAAGGUCGUACACAGUGCCAAAUGAGCAGCGCUACAUCAUCCGCAUCCUUUUCAUCGUCCCCAUCUUUGCUUUCGACUCCUGGCUCAGCCUGCUGUUCAUCAGUAAUGACCAGUAUUAUGUGUAUUUCGACUCCAUUCGUGACUGUUAUGAAGCAUUUGUGAUCUACAACUUCCUGAGUCUAUCUUUUGAGUACCUUGGAGGAGAAAGUGCCAUCAUGUCGGAAAUAAGAGGAAAACCUAUUCAGUCUAGUUGCCUUUACGGGACGUGCUGUUUGGUAGGAAUGAGUUACUCCAUUGGCUUCCUGAGAUUCUGCAAGCAGGCCACACUUCAGUUCUGUGUCGUGAAGCCCAUCAUGGCUGUCAUCACCAUCCUUCUGCAGGCUUUUGGCAAAUAUCACGAUGGAGACUUUAAUGUAACGGGAGGUUACCUUUACAUCACCAUCAUCUACAACAUUUCUGUCAGUUUGGCUCUCUAUGCCCUCUUUCUCUUCUACUUUGCGACCAGUGACCUUCUGAGACCUUUUGAGCCUGUGCUCAAAUUCCUCACCAUCAAAUCCGUCAUCUUUCUCUCCUUCUGGCAAGGUAUGGUAUUGGCCAUUCUGGAGCGAUGUGGUGUAAUCCCAGAAGCUCUUGUCAUUGAUGGUUAUGAGGUGGGGGCUGGUACAGUGGCAGCUGGUUGGCAGAACUUCAUCAUCUGCAUCGAAAUGGUCUUUGCCGCCAUCGCCCUCCGCUACGCCUUCACCUCCAGUGUUUACCGCGAGAAGAAGAGUGAAGCACCAGAGAAUGUAGCACCUAUGCACAGCAUAUCCAGCGGCCUGAAGGAGACCAUUAACCCUGGAGACAUGGUUCAGGAUGCAAUCCACAACUUCUCUCCGGCUUACCAACAGUACACCCAGCAGUCCACCCAGGAAGUGGUGCAGCCCAACAUGAAUGGCAAGCCUGGGAUCAGCACCUCAAAGAGUUCGAAGAAAUCUGACAAAGUGAUGCUGAUCGACACUGAUGAUGAGCUCUAGUGCCCCGUUUGUCCCGAUCUUUCUAUUUAUUUAAUCCAAAACGAAUUUGACUCUAUAACUUUAAUGAGGACACUAAUCAUGUAAAUCAGCUCAUGAAUUUUAAAAAAGAGAGUUCAGUAAAGGGAUCUGAACAGUUACCUUACAAGGGAUAAGAGUAGACUGUGUCAGGUAGGGGGUUGUUAUGUUUUCCUCAUUGUAGUCCUGGAGCUCUUCUUUUCCUGAUCCUCUGUAGUGGUGGGCGAUCCGGCCUUGUAAUGGAGAGUCCACUUCUCUUCUCUGACCCAUUUUGAGGCAUGGCCAAAAAACAUGAGGCAUGGGGUGCUGUUCAGAUGGAAUGAAUCGGGGACUGACACUUUAGGGAGCCAUUCUUGCAUCUGGUCGUUUGAAGUAUUUGCUCAGCAGCCCUCUGCUGGGUCUCUGGAUGAAUUGAACUGGCUCUUAAGAUGCGCUAGUUUUUUGGAGAUCACACUUCAAACUGUUGUCUGCUGCUCUUUGAAACCUUUGUAUCACACAUGCCACUCGGACAAAGUGGGGGACUGAGCACUGCCCCCGCUUGAUAUGGAGGUUCAUUAAUUUUCACACCAGGCCUUCAAAGAGUGUGAGAUCUGAUGCAAAAAUGCAAGUCUCGGCCAUCAUCGCGUAUUUUAAUUGCAAAUCAUUUGUAUUCCGCCAUUAUUUGGUCGGUUAAAGCUUUAACCUGUGCCACUGUAAGUGUAUAAUGGCACAGGUGUUACUGGGGUGUGUUAAUUUGUUAAUGUUAAAUUAUCUUGUUUAGUUCUCCACUGUUUGCUUUUAAAAGGCAGUUUCCCUUAAUUGUUUGUAAACAGUCCAAAAUGAAAUGCAUAUAGUUAAUUAUCAUACCAAGCUAUUGAAAUGUUUAUUUACUACGUAUUACCACAAAGUCCUGGUC